AUGCUUUCGUUUGCAAAUAAGGUUCGAAAGCAUUUAAAAAUAACAAAUUUUAAAUUAAUAUAUUAUAGGAGUUUUAGUUCAUUCAAUUAUAAUGAUAUAUAUGAUCAAUAUGAGAAUCUUUUAAAUAUAGGAAAUAAAAAACCCGAUGAAAUAAUAAGUUUAUUAAAUAACUUAAAUGAGGAAAAAAUAUGUGAUGUUGAAUUAAUAAAGUUUAUAACAAGUCAUAUAUAUGAUUUCAGCGAGGAUUUUUUCUGCCCUCAAUUAAUUAAAAUAUUAGAAAAUUAUGUAAAAUUAAAAUAUUCUGAUGAAACAUUACUUGGUAUUCUCUGUCAUAGAAUUGAUGACUUAGUAAGUUUAAAAUCAUGUUUAAGAACGAAAAUUAUGAUAAAUAUUUAUAAACAGCUAAAUUUUCAUCAUCCACUAGUUAAAUAUCCAUUAUUGAAUCAAUUGAAUGAAAAUAUAUGUGAUUAUAAAAAUGAGUUAGUUAACAUUUUAAAAAAUAUAUCUUAUUUGCAUAUAGAUUCUUACACCUGUAAUAAUAUUAUUAAUCGUUUUAUAGUAAAUUAUGAUUAUUAUGAUAAAGAUAUUUUUACUGUAUUUGAAGCAUUCAGUAGAUUAGAUGAAUAUAAUGAAGUUUUUGUUGAUAUAAUUUCAAAAAAAAUAAAAAAAUUAGAAGAAAAUAAUAUUUGUUGUAAUUUCAAAGACUUUAUAAAAUUUUUAAGUGGGUAUAGAAGAUUAGGUUUAACUGAAAAUACUUAUUUACAUUCACAAUUCGAAAACAAAAUAAAUAACAUUAAAGUAUUAUCUCCAAAUAAUAUUUCUUAUAUGUUGCUAUUAAUGCUUUCAACAAAAUUCCGAAAUCAAUCGUUAUUUGAAUUAUUAACAAUAAACAUAGAGAAUUAUGUAAAUAAUAAUGAUUUGCAAAUUACUGAAAAAAAAAAUCUUUACUUCUUUGAUUUUUCAAAUAAUUUUUUCGAAGGAAAAAAUAGAAAAGAAAAUUAUUUUGAAGAGCAAAUAAGAAAUGAUAAAAAUGGAAAGAUAGCAAACAGUGAUGAUGAAUUAAUUCAUCAGGAUAAUUAUAAUAGUAUUUGUAAUAAAUAUAUAUUGAAAUUUUUACCGUUCCAUUUGCUUUUACUAAUUUUAUUGAAUUAUGAUAAUAAAAAUAUAUUAUUUCAUUUAUUAAAUAUAUGUGUAAGUGAAUAUAUUUUUUUAUAUGAUGCAUCUAAUUUGAUUAAAUUGUUAUAUUCAUAUACACUUUUAAUGAUAAAAAGUGAUAUGACAAAAAAUGAAGAAAUUCAAAAAAAUGUAAUUAAAAUAUUUAUAGCUCUUCAAAAUAUAUAUAAGAAUACAACUAUAAAUGAUUACAAAAUUUUAUAUGACUGCUUUUUAUAUCAUCAAAGUAUUCUUGAGAAAAAUAAUAAGCUAAAAAACUUUCAUUAUGAUUUAUUAUAUAAUGAUUGUUUUUCAGUUUUGCCAUCAUCAUAUUCCAGUUUAAACUUCGAACAAUUGGAAAUUGUUAAAUGUGGUAGUUCGUCAUAUUUGAAAAAUAAGGAUGGUACCAUUUCUGUUUAUUUAAAUAAAAAUGAUUUUUUUUCAACAAAUUAUUAUGGAUAUGAUAAUUUAUUAUUAAAUUUAAAAUUUAAAAUUGAACUCUUAAAGAAGAAUUAUGAUGUUAAUAAUAUUAAAAUUAUUUAUAAUGAAAACAUUUUAAAAUAG